AGAGACUUCUUUCUUCGCACAUGUCACCUCUUCCGCGCACGUCAAAUUCAGUCGCGUUCGACACAGGAGUCUCCGAUUCGUCGCAAGACAGAAGGCGAUCAAGCGUCUACUCGGUGGACUCAACCGUAUGGCAGGACGACGUCGUUCCCCUCUACCGCCAUAACGAGCACUUUCCCGGCUAUACCGGACACGUUCCCAAGCUCAAUCAAACCCAUGGAACUAGAUACAGCCACGCUUCCCGCAUGGCCUUGCAGACUCCCCCGUCGCUUGAUCGGCCUCCCGUGAUGUUCUACCAGGGCAAGAGAGCGCGCAGAGUCAUCAGCUCCACCCACCUGUUGCCCGGCAACACCUUCAGCGGCCUCGCAAAACCUACUGGGGAGAAGGGAAGGGGAGACAAGACGCCGGCAGAAGACGGUCUUCAUACUUACCUUCAAGGCAGCCACGUCGACCUGGCAGCUUACUACAAAUCAUUGUCCGCAAAGAACUACAGUCAGCUCCUUAUCAAAUCCGGCUCACCUGCCAAGAUUCGAUCGAACAUCGAUAUCGGGGAUAGGUUCUACUGGAGCGGGCCUCAUAUGUGGCAGACUACGUACCUCGAGAGCUUCCCCAAGCAGAUGACAGGAGGCAGUGUGACCAAGGAGAACGUUAAGGGAGUUGAGAAGAUCGUACUGCAGCAGAAGAAUAACGCUCUCCUUGCCUCCCGGGCGCAGUCCAACGAGGAGAAGAAGUAUCAGUACAAACUGUUGCAGGCUGUUGUGGGGCAGAAGAGACUAGAUCAACUGCAGAAAGCAGUGACAGAGAAAGUUCGACAGGCUACCAACGCAGGGAUAUCGGAGCUGCUGCACAUGUUCAAGCUCUACGACAGAGACGGGACGGGGUACAUCACAGCAGACAAGUUCAUGCACACCAUCCGCAAGCUGGGGAUCUACCUGAGCUCGACAGAGGCUGCGGCUCUCUUUGGACGGUAUGACGCGGACCAAGAGGAGGACGUCACUUUCUACGAGUUCCUCGACAACUUCCUUGAAAAAACCGAAGAAGACGAGCAGUGAAAUACAGUCGUUGACCUAGAUAUUCUCAUGCAGUACUGUAAAUGCUCACAUGGAGUUCCGCCUCAAACUUUGAAGAAGGUCUAGCUUGUUCCGCGUUGUGCAGAACUUGGUGUACGCCUGCUUGAAGUGUGAAGAGGACGAAUGAACAUGGUUAAGCUCCGAC